AUGCACGAAACAUGUGUAUCUACGCCAUUAAUAAUACCAGACGCAGCUUUUGAGCGCGCGGGAAAGGGUUGGGUGGAGAAUUCUGAGGGGAGACGGAGAUUUGGAGGGGGAGGAGUUGCUGUUGUUGUUGUUGUCAUUGUGAAGAAAGUGUUGGUUGAUUUGGUCGUGUUUAUGAAGAGGGUGUUGGAGUUUGAGUUAAGAAUCAUUAUCAGCCUUGCAGGAGCUUUGACUGAUCCUGGUGUCCGAGCUUCAGCCUUACGGGGGAAACUCACCGGGAGCUCACUGGGACGAAUUGCCGGUAUCCUACCGGUAUUCGAUUUGGUUGCCCUCGCCCUCACAGUAGACCAAUACGAGUGGAUGAAGUAA